AUGCCGCAAUAUUGUUGCGUUCCUGGGUGUAAAAAUACAGGCGGGCAUCGCUUUCCGUCUGAUUAUACACUGAAAUUGAAAUGGCGAGUUGCUAUUAGACGAACAGACCAGAGAAAGCGUCUAUGGACACCUGGCAAAUUUGACGUUGUGUGUCACGCCCACUUCCUCCCCGGUGACUUCAAGACGACACUAUUAGGUGACAGAUCACGACUAAAGGAAGAUGCGGUUCCUUCAAUUUUUACAUUUAACGCAAGUAAUGAAGAGUCAUCAAGAGAAAAACGAUUUAAGAAGAGGCACACACACCCAGAAAAUUUAAUUCCAUUCCAGGAGAUUGGCUGUCAGCAAGAAGUAGAGGUUAGUACUGAAUCAGAACUUGUUGACUGUGAUGAAUGUGCAACUGAAGAGCCUGCACUGCAACACCAAGGUAUACAAUGUGAAAUUCCAACAUUCGGAAAACUGUCUGUUGAAAGUGUCAUGAAUAAUGAUAAAAUCAUUAACUACUACACUGGGUUUCAAGAUUACAACCACUUUAUGAUGUUUUUUCACUGCCUUGGACCCAGUGCAUAUGAGCUCACAUACCAGUGUUCAUUACUUCAUCCAAAAGACCAGUUGUUUAUGACUCUUAUCAAACUUAGACAAGACAAAGAAGAUGUUGAAUUGUCAAUGCUUUUUAAUGUGUCAGAGUCCACGGUAUCCAGAAUAAUUAUUACAUGGAUAAAUUUCAUGUAUUUUCAAUUAAAAGAGAUUAACUUUUGGCCAUCACCAGUUGUCAUCCAUGAACACAUGCCCCAAGACUUUAAAUCAAAAUUCCCUAACACCAGAGUAAUACUAGAUGCCACUGAGAUACCUAUUGAAAGGCCGUCCCAUGUAAACUGUCAGAGUGUGACUUGGUCAAAUUAUAAGCAUAAAAACACCCUCAAGACCAUGAUUGGCUGCAGUCCAAAGGGUGCCAUAACCUUCAUUUCUGAUUCUUAUGGUGGCUCUGCUUCUGACAGACAGAUUAUUGAAAAAUCUUGUCUUCUGGAGCCUACAUUAAAGCUUUUUGAAAAGGGCGAUUCCAUAAUGGCUGAUAGAGGCAUUAUGGUUCAGGAUUUAUUUGCUAAUCAAGAUGUUCAUAUUAAUACCCCUACGCUGUUAAAGGGAAAAUCGCAAUUAGACCCAGACGAAGUGGUUCAUUAUCGACGAGUGGCGUCUAAAAGAAUCCACAUAGAAAGAGUCAUCGGUUUGUCAAAGAGUUUCAAAAUAUUGAAGCAUGGGAUUUCGAAAAGUAAACUUCAGUUAGGGUCUCGUAUCAUAUUUAUUUGUUUUGCCAUAUCAAACUUCAGGAGAAAUAUUGUUCCAAAGAAUGCAUAA